AUGAGCGCGGAGCUGCUGUGGAGCAGCUUCAGCGACCUGCGAAAGUCCAGGGAGAGACGAGACAGGACGGAGAUGAUGGAAGACGCACAAGAAGCUGGGAGGAAAGAGGGACACUCGGGAGGAAUGUCGGUUUUGAAGGUGUUGAGUACGGAUCAGGAGAAAGGGGGAGCGUGGAGAGUCUGUCCGGCUCUGGUUGCGAUCAAGCGGAAGAAUCACACCAGCGAUCCCUUCGAUCGCUCAACGAGCGGCAUCAUCUGGGGCGAGCACUCGGCGGGCGCACGGCUGUCCCGCCAGAGAACCUUCCUGGGGGGACGCGAGGACACGUGGAGGCCCGUCACGGACCUUGAUGCACAAAGAGGAGGAGAGCCAAGGAGGGUGAGCAAGAGGGAGAGGAAGAGAAUCAAAGGUGUGAGGAGGAGGCAGAAGAGGAAGGAGCGAUGGAGGCAAAGUCAGCUGCAGGCCAAAAUACUUGUCAUAAGGUGGGACAGCAGCGACGAGGACGACGAGGACGUGACCAAGGAGGGCUACGUGUGCGCCGUGUGCCUGGACGUCUACUUCAGCCCGUACAUGUGUCAGCCGUGCAAGCACAUCUUCUGCGAACCCUGCCUGAGGACUCUGGCCAAGAACUGUCCCGCCAGCACGCCCUGCCCCCUUUGCAGGACCAUCAUCACGCACGUCUUCUUCCAGAACGAGUUAAACCAAAUGGCGAGGACCUUCUUCCCAAAGGAAUACUUGUGUCGGAAACAGAACUUCCAGAAAGCGAGUUGUGCGAAGUGGCCUCUUCCCAGCUGCAGAAAACUCUUUAGAAUAUUUGGAGGUUUCAGGAGGCCGUCCAGCCCCGGAGGGCGGCAUCAGUUGUCCCGCGCGGGAGGCGGCUUCCGUCUGAACACGCUGGACUUUGACGACGACGCCCGCGGGUGGCAUUUCGACAUGGACAUGGUCAUCAUUUACAUCUACUCGGUCAACUGGAUCGUCGGCUUCUUCAUAUUUUGCAUCCUCUGUUACCUCUUUUUCCCCUCUUUUUGA